AUGUCGGCUUCAUCUGUAAAUAACAUUUUACAAAUAUCACUUUGUAUUUUACUGUUUUUGCGACCAAUUUUUGCAAAUGAACAUUGUAUACAAGAUCGAAAUUGCCGAUGCGUUUACGAAAGCGGACGAGGAUUAGAUUUAAACAAAAAAUUUGCCAGUGAUGAUUAUAUUUUAUCAGCGAGUUUGAAUAACCUAACAUAUUAUUUUCACGCUUGCAAAGAUGUGCAUACUUUACCUAUUUCUCCAAAUGAUUUGAAUAAAACUGCAAAUGGAUGCUACAAUGAAAAAGAUGGAUACUCGAUGUGCGUGUUUAAUAAAACAAACCAAUCUUAUGAAAAACUUGGCACAUCAAGGGAAGCACAAUUUACACCUUCAGAUGUUAACGAAAUAAAUUACAUGCGCUACAAACAUGGCAACAGUGCUGCUGUAGCUAUUUUACUGAUAUGUGUUCCUGAUAUUGCUGAAACACAUUUGUUAGCAAUUUCUAAUAGUAAUAAUGUUCAUAAUCUUAUUUUGUACACUCCAGCAGCCUGCAUUCAUGAAAUUAUUGUACCAGGUUUAGGAGGAUUUGCUGUUUUUAUAAUUCUUUUAAUAUCAGGAAUACUUGCAUAUUUGUUUGUGGGAAUUCUGGUGAACAGAUUAGCAUUGGGUGCUCGAGGCAUUGAGAUGAUACCUAAUUUAUCAUUCUGGAGAUCUGUACCCAGCAGAUGUGGAGCAUGCAUUGAUUUUUGCAGACAUGGUUACCAAAGACGAUCAGAUACUCAAAAUCUCAAUCCAGAUACAUAUGAUGCCAUUUAAAUAAGUAUAUGAUAUGUGAUAUUGUUGAAGCUAAUGAUUUUAUACAAAUUUUUGCAUAUGUAUAUUUAUAUGUGCACACACCUACAUACAUAUGAAUAUUUGGGUGGGUGUGCCUGUGUAUAUGUACAUAUUUUAUUUCUGUUUGUAUUGUAAUGUAUAUAUUUCUAGUUAAUCCUGAACGUUACUUACAUGAAGAGAGUAUUAGAAAUAAGUUGAAGAUUUUAAUUUGGUGUAAAUUUAAAUGUUCGUAAUUUUAUGUGGAAAAUGAUAUAUUUUCUUUAUUUUGUUUAACAUGUGACUGCUUAAUAAUAAAGAACUUUUUCAAGAAUCUACUAACGAUAAUAUAUAAUACUAGUCAAAACUUUAUUCUUAAUAAGAAAAUCAAACU